ACAUUAUCUUGUGGAACGAGCUCAAGAGCAAAGCACGACGUGGAACUGGAUGAACAUCGGAGAAUUCCAACAUCUUAUAAGUUUUUUUGUGACUUUCUUUUACUUUUUAAAAGUGAGAACAUAUAACGGAAGUAUAUCGGAAUAUUUCACAUCGAUCUGAUAUUAUAGUCCCCUCAGUUGGUCCGAUCACACAGUUUUUCUUCAUGGAUGGGACACCAAACAACGUUCCUGGUGACUCAGUUCCGAGCCAGCCAGGGAUCAUAGUCAGAUUCUUCAGAGGUAUCGGCAUGAGAUACCAAAUCUUGUUGGACAAGUCAGUACCUCAUCCUGUUGUCCGAUGGUCUGGGACGGUCGUCCUGUUAUUGCUCUACGUCCUCAGAGUUCUGAUACUCCAGGGUUGGUAUAUAGUCACCUAUGCACUAGGCAUAUACCAUCUCAACCUCUUCAUUGCUUUCUUGUCGCCAAAGAUCGAUCCAGCACUGACAGACGACUCAGAAGAUGAUGGCCCUGCAUUACCCACAAAGUCAAACGAAGAAUUCAGGCCGUUCAUCAGAAGAUUACCCGAGUUUAAAUUUUGGUUGUCCGCCACGAAAGCUGUGCUGGUGGCCAUGUUUUGCACGUUCUUUGAUGUAUUUGAUGUUCCAGUCUUCUGGCCUAUUCUGGUCAUGUACUUCAUCAUCCUCUUCAGUCUAACCAUGAAGCGACAAAUUAAGCAUAUGGUCAAGUACAGGUAUCUUCCGUGGAGCCACGGCAAGGCUAAAUAUCGCGGCAAGGAGGAUUCGGGUGAUGUCAUUCGCUAAAACUCCUAGUAGCACUUGUCAGUUCUUCAGAGGUUCAUUAGAUGUUGUUUUUUCAUUUCUUAGAAGUUAAUGUAUCGUGGUAAAUUCAUGCGCAGCGAAGAAAGCAUUUGCAGCGUGUUUCUGAAACAAUAGAGUCCAUCCGUCGCGAGACUUUUAAGUGACUACCCGUUAUUGAUGUACAAUGCCGUGUGCCCAUGGGUUUUUCUAAUUCAGGCAAUUUUUUUUAAGUGAAAAGAAAUAUUGUACAGAACAGCAUACUUAAACUGCUGCCUUCAUAGCUUUGGAUCCUAAAUGUAAAAACCGAUUGAAAAAUAAAAUUAAAUUGUGUUUUCAUGAGAGCGGAAGGUCAGAAGUGGUGGUGCUAGAUAAGCUUUGUACUUCUGGCCACCUCUGGCCACUUCUGGCCACUUCUGGCCACCUCUGGCCAUCGUGGUUUUUAAAAAAAAGGAAAAAAACAAAAAUGAGUCAAUUUCUACAGAUAUGUUCAUGGGGAUCACGGAUUAUAAGGUGCAUCUUUUCAGAUUCACUGUCUACAGGGUGAGUAAAAAAAAA